AUGUACGCCAAGACAGCUCUCGUCUGCGCCCUCGCUGGCUUCGCUAGCGCAUCUCCCACACCCAACCUACAAGCCCGCAACAUGGACUCCAACAUCUUCACAAUUUCCACCUCCGGCACCCCCACCGCUAUCCACCAACUCAUCUUCAACGCCAAAGACAAAUUCUUUAACCUGAACAACGGCACAUCCACCGUCUGCCCUGGUAUGGAAGUCAACUGCAUGGAAGCAGGAAAUACUACCGUCUUCACAACCCGGCCAGAGGCCAACACCCUGUUCCUCAAUUCCGUCUCUGCAGGCGGCCAGCAGGUCUACGUUGCCGCUGAUGGUGCGUUGGCCUUCUUGGCCGCCCACAGCCGUGAUUUCCCCGAAGGAAGCCUCACUGCCCCCUUCAAGUUCAAGCCCGCCACAGCGCCAGGCCAAGUCGGCAGUCUGAAAUUCAAGGGCAAGUCCUUCAGCGCGUGCAAAGAUAGCGCUACCGUCGAAAAGGACGUGUGGAAGAUCUGGGCGAACGCCGUGGUGGGAUGGCCCGCUGGCUUACGAGUACCAGUAGACACUUGUCUCGCCUGUCGCGGCGCUGCACUCCAGGUACCGAUCGCAGCGCAUCUCCUGAGCGACGCGGUACGCCUCCUGCGGGUAGAUGAUGCCGUUCGCGUCCGUCUCGCUUCGCAAGUCGCGCUUAAGGCCGAGGAAAAGGAUAGGGAGCUCGCGCUGCGCUGUGAAGAUCCGCGUGGUCUCUUUGAUCCACUGGGGUUGGGUGUCAGUGGGGGUUUACCUUUAACUUUGGGAGGGCAGGAUGGGGAAUCGGUGGGGGUUGAUGAGUUGGAACUCGAAGCGAUACGGGCGGUUGAAAAACGUGAUGUCCAAGACGAAAGGCUGGUUGCCGUCUUGGAGGAGGGGAAGAGGGCCUUUGCUGCUAUGAGCGAUGGACCCUUUGCUCACACGACUAUGGGAUCUGAUCAAUUCCGCGAAGAUACGAAUGGAGAGAAUGCAUCUCGGAGUGCUCUUCCCACACUCGGCAUCCCCAAGCAACAGGAUCGAAGCUUCAGGCGUCUCGAUAUCGGCCAUGACCUCUACAUCUUUUCGAGUCCUCAAUGGGUGAGAGAAUUUGAAAGAAAACGGCGUCGACAAGAAGAACGUGUUCCCGUGCCGCUUUAUCUUCGCAUCACGUGGGUCAUCCUAGCGCUCUCUAUAAAAACUCUGGACGCCCGCACAUCGCCACGGCUGGAAUCCGUGCGUCUGAAACUGACUUCUUCGGCUUCACCAUUCACGUCACAAAGUGGAGUUGGGAUAAAGAACACUGAAGGAAACAGAGAACGUGUUGCUGCUUCGGAAACGUAUCGGAAGAAAAUGGAAGCGGAAACGGGAAAAGCACAAACAACUGCUGAGAAAUACGCAACAUGGAGCCAGGAGAAGCUGAUUGAGAGGGUCACACAGCUGGAAACUGAGCUGAAGAUCAAGAAUCUAAGUCUCGACACAACCCCCGAAAAGAAGUCCUUCAAAAAGCCCCGUACAGAAAGGAGGUUCGACCCCUCCAAGUACAGCACCCGGCUUGUAGCUUUCAAGCUCGCCUAUCUCGGCAAGCGCUACAACGGGUUCGAGUGUCAGAAAUCCGUCACGCCUCUCCCGACAAUUGAGGAAGAGCUGUGGAAAGCCUUCAACAAGGCGAGACUUAUCUUCCCGGAUGUGGUCAAUCCGAGACAGCCGGGUGAGGUGAACUGGGAUGGGUGUGAGUACAGCAAGUGUGGGAGGACGGAUAAAGGGGUGAGUGCUUUUGGGCAGGUGAUUGGCAUUAGAGUGAGGAGUAAUCGGCCGUUGGCGAAGAAAAGGGAGAAGAGAGCCUCCGAGGAAGAGGUUCAGGAGGGGGCAGACGAGGAUGUUUCCACAUCGACAGUCAGUCCGGACGAUCCUACGCGAGGUUUCAACUCAUACGCCAGACCUGGCUCGGUCGAGAUGGCCUCGCCGGCUCUAGCACCUUCCAGACUGUCGCCACAAAUGACUCCGACACCAGAUCUCGGCCUCUCAGACCCGGAUUACGAAGAAGCUCUCAAUUUCGACCCCAUUGCAGAUGAAAUCCCCUACUGCUCACUGCUCAAUCGUCUCCUCCCACCAGACAUCAGAAUCCUAGCCUGGUGCCCAGCACCACCGCAGGAUUUCUCGGCACGUUUCUCCUGCCGAGAACGCCAAUAUCGGUACUUCUUCACCCAGCCGGCGUUCAUGCCUACGCCUCCGCAGCUGGAGGUCCCAACUCAGAAAGGCCAGACGGUGGCGAUGGAAGGCAAGAUGAGAGAUGGAUGGCUGAACAUCAAGAAGAUGCGAGAAGCGGCCAAGCUAUUCGAGGGGAUUCACGAUUUCAGGAAUUUCUGCAAAGUGGACCCGGGAAAGCAGAUCUCUAAUUUCGAAAGGAGGAUCUUCUACGCAGAUAUCGAGGAGGUGGAUGAUUCGACGAGUGGAUUGGCGUUUGUCAACGGUGCGGACUUUGCGCCACAUUCUACUCGCCAGGCUGUGAAUCCGAAAGUGUAUACGUUUACGCUUCACGGGUCUGCCUUCUUGUGGCAUCAGGUUAGGCACAUGGUCGCUGUGCUGUUCCUCGUUGGACAGGGCCUUGAAAAGCCGUCUAUCGUUUCGGAGUUACUGGACGUCGAGACGAAUCCCGGACGGCCGGUGUACGAGAUGGCUACCGAUACACCGCUGGUGCUUUGGAACUGCGUGUUUCCGCAAGAGGAUGACGCAGAAAGAAAAGAUGCCAUCCAAUGGCACUAUGUCGGCGAUGAUCCGAACAGCGGCGACCAGAAAUACGGCACCGCUGGGAUCAUGGACGAGCUUUGGAAGGUCUGGCGGGAGAGGAAGGUCGAUGAGAUUCUAGCCAGCACACUCUUGGGUGUUAUCGCCAAGCAAGGAAGACCGGCUGGGGAUUUGAGUGUUGGGGAGCCCAAGAAGGGAAGCAGGAGUCAGAAGGUGUUUGAUGGGGGGGACUCGCCGAGACUACAGGGUCUCUACACGCCCGUGAUGAAGAAGCUGAGGAUGGAGACGGUGGAUGUCAUCAACGAGAAGUACGCGGUUAGGAAAGGGUUCGAGAACUCAGCGGAGAUGAAGCUGCUGGGCUUCAGGCGCUUGAAUAAUGUGGUUGCCUCUGCAGAUACCCCGGCCGAGAAGGCAGACAAGUAG